GGACGAGCGGGACAUGCGGCCGCGGGCGCUGCGCGGCCUCCUGGCGGGGCUGCUGCUGCUGCUGCUGCUGCUCGCCAGCUGCGGGGAGGCUGCGGCCCCGCGGCCCCGGGACGCCUCCACCGCCUCCCCGAGCCCCACGGAGGCGGCCGGCGGGGCCGCCACGCGGAGCAGCAGCAGCAGCAGCAGCAGCCGCCUGGCCGAGGUGUCGGCGCCACCCGAGCAGGGCCAGCCCAUGACCCAGCGCGCCCUGUCCGUUCUGGUGCUGGCGAGCGCCACUCUCAUCGUCUACUUCGUGAUCCGGACCGUGCGGCUCAGAAGGCGAAACAGAAAAACCCGAAGAUAUGGAGUUUUGGACACAAACAUAGAAAACAUGGAGCUGACCCCAUUAGAGCAAGAUGAUGAUGAUGAUGAUACAACACUAUUUGAUGCCAAUCAUCCUCGAAGGAUGGCACCCUCAGCAAAUUCACAGACAACAUGAAGCUGAGAGGGAGUAUUGAUCUGCUGGAAGGCAGGAAGCCUCUGCUGAAGGAUUGGACAGGUUGGAUCAAUGACCUGAGGCCAAUUGCAUGAGGUUCAACAAGACCAAGUGCCGGGUCCUGCCCUUGGGUCAGAACAACCCUGGGCAGUGCUACAGGCUGGGGACAGAGUGGCUGGAAAGCUGCCCAGGGGAAAAGGACCUGGGGGUGCUGGACCAGAGCCAGCUGGACAUGAGCCAGCAUGUGCCCAGGUGGCCAAGAACGCCAAUGGCAUCCUGCUUGGAUCAGAAAUAGUAUGGCCAGCAGGAAAGGGAUUGUCCCCCUGUACUGGGCACUUUUGAGGCCACACCUCAGGUGCUUUGUUCAUUUUUGGGCCCCUCCAGGCCAGAAAGACCCUGAGGUGCUGGAGCAAGUCCAGAGAAGGCCAGUGGAGCUGGGUAAGGGUCUGAGCACAAGUCUGAUGAGGAGCAGGUGAGGGAUCUGGGGUUUAGCUUGGAGAAAAGGAGGCUCAGGGGAGGCGUCAUCACACUGUACAACUACAUGACAGGAGGUUGUUGCCAGGUGGAGGUUGGUCUCUUCUCCCAGAUUACAAGUGACAGGAUGAGAGAGAGGAAGUGGCCUCAAGUGGCCUCUCUGCACCAGGAAGAUUUAGACUGGAUAUUAGGAGAAUUUUUUUCACUGAAAGUGUUGUCAAGCAUUGAAUUAAGCUGCCUGGGGAAGUGGUGGAGUCACCAUGCCUGGAAGCAUUCAAAAUAUGUGUGGAUGCGACACUUGAAGACAUGGUUUAAUGCUGAGCACGGUGGUGGUGCUGGGUUAAUGGUUGGACUUAAUGAUUUUAAAGGUCUUUUCCAACCUUAACAAAUUUAUGAUUCCAUGGUAUGGAAUAGUUCCACAAUAACAGAGGAAAAAAUUGUUAGUCAGGUAGCAGAAAUUAAGGUGCCAGGACACAAGUUAUUGACAAAUAGAUCAGAAGAAAUGUCCAACAUUAGUGGACUACUGUCUACCCCUAUUGCAAAGUCUUUAAGAUUGUAGAAGUGAAUAUAGACUAAACUUUGUCCUGGAAUGUGCUCUAAUAAAUGUUUGUUUCAUCUUGAGGAUGAAGCAAGCAUACUCCUGUUGAAAUUAAAAAACAAAACAAAACAAACAAACAAAAAAAGGCAGGAAAAAAAAACAGCCAAAAAAAGCCCUCAAAAACAGCAACUCUGUAUACUGAUGUAGUAAAGAAUGGGAUAGGAAGAUAAGAAAUGUAUACUAUAAUUUCACAGUUUAAAAAUCAUUAGAGUUUUACUGAAAAGGACUAAACAUUCAUCAGUUUGAAAGGGUGCCUGAUUGCCUAAAUUGCAUGUACAAGCUUUCUUACAGCCUUCAGAUACAUAAAAUUUCAAUAGCAUACAUUUCUGCAAAGUUUCAUGAAUUAGCUGUUCUGAAUGCUAGCUUCUCAAUCAAGAGGGAAAAAACUCUGCUCCAAACUCAUUUUGGAAUAGGUCGAAGACCUGAAAGUCUGUUCAAACCUUUAGAAGACUGUAUUUAUAGAAGGGAUGGACAAAUAUUCAGUUUGCAAGAGAUGUGAUAUUAUUUCUGCUUACAGUGUUUUAUUCCCCUCUGACACAGAGUAGUUUAUCACUUCAUAUAGAAUCAUAGAAUAUGCUGAGUUGGAAGGAACCCAUCCAGGAUCACUGAGUUCAACUCCUGUUCCUGCACAGAACCAUUCCCAAGAGUUCUGUGCCUGAGAGCAUUCUCCAAAUGCUUCUUGAACGCAGACAGACUUGGUGCUGUGAUUGCUUCCCUGGGGAGCCUGCUGUGUAUGAUUUAUGAUUAAGUGGGGGGGAGAAGAGGAUGGAUGGAUGGAUGGGUGGAUGUUAGUUUGAACUACCCCAUACUGGAGUAGGAGUGUUUACCUGACUGUUCUCUGUCAAGAGUUGAGGGAAAAGUGAACAAUUUGGAAUGGAAAUGUUUCCAGCUAGCAGAAUUAAUCUCUGAAGAUAUGAUGCAAGAAUUUCGUAGUCUUUUGCAUGACAAAAUAAGUACAUGUCUGUAUAGCAGCUCAAUUUCACCAGGUCAGGUCUACCUGUGAGUUUGCAGAGAUAUUUUUUUUGUGCUUGCAUGAUACACCGAUCUGCAGCACAGCUUGUAGGUUCAGAUCCAAAAUCUGUAAAAUAUGAUCAAAUGCUUUGGGACAGAGGUCAGACAUUAAAUAAUCAUAUUGUUCUUUUACCUCACAAUAGUUUCAGAUAUUGUCAGUGCUUUUUAUAACUCUGAAACAUGUGAUCAAAACUAAGAGGUAGGACAGGAAUAUUUGUACUUUGGACAUUUUUCUUCAGUUUUCUUUUUUUUUCUGAUUCAUGUGUUCAGACACUCAUACAGCCUCACCUUCCUAAGUGUUUUUGCUCUCUGAAAUGAACAUUGCUGACUGCAUAGGUGAGAUGCAGAUUGUGAACUCUAUGUAGUAAACUGUAUUUAUGCUUUGGUUGCUGGGUCGCAAGGCACAUACUUGUGAUGUCAAAAGUAAUGACAGGACUUAUUGGCAAUGCCUGCAGCAAGCUUACAGUCUAAGAAAAAUGGACGGAUUUUUGUCAGUUGCUGCAACUGGUUUGGCAAAGAUAAAUCACACAUACUUUCUGAAUUACCUUUGUUUCACUAGGCAAUACUCCUUUUACUGAAUUUUUCAUGAUGAGCAAAAUAAUGUGUCUUUAAUUUUUUAUUAUUUUCCAGAUCUUUCUUUUUCUUUGUUGAUUUUGUAAAGCAGCUACUCGGUUUAUAAGAUAUCCAUCCACAUAAUGGCCUUUUAUGCUUUCUUAAGGUUUAAGCACUUUUUAUAUCUGCUCUUCAUUGUCCUCAGCUUGGCCUGCUUUAAGCUGGACCCCUAGGGAGCAAAGUGCUUUAUAAGCAAUCUUUUUUAGUAUUCAAUUCCUUAUCAUAUGUCCCCUUUAGGACUUCAUUUUAUAUUUCUCUCCAGCAGAAAAUAGUAAUAGAUUCUGUAAAUCUCCUUUUAUAAUAUCUUCUAUUUAUUGCACACAUCUAAUGGAGCUGCAUGUCAUACUCCAGUUACUUUAGAGCACGUGUUUAAUAACCUGCUAUAUAUUAGAAAACAAACAUUGAUCUAAGAGCCUUUGCUCUUCACCAUUGUAGUUAGCUACAUUAGUAAAGCAGAAAAUGCUCUUUUAUGUGAGCACAUGUUCAAAAUUGGACAGGUAUGAUAAAUAUUACUGUGUUAAUAAAAAUCCCACACAGAAGCAGCUCUGUAGCAUUUAACAUCCUGCUUUACAGAGGCUGCUGAGCUUUUUGGGCUGAAAGUCAGCUUGAAGAAGACAGAAGUUUUGUAUCAACCUGCACAUCAGGAAGUCUUCCAUCAUCCUCAUAUCACCAUUGGCAAAUCAGAGCUCAAAUCAGUCCAACAGUUUAAUUACCUGGGAAGCAUCGUCUCCUCGGACGGUGAGAUUGACAAAGAGAUAGACAACAGGUUAGCAAAGGCAUAUAGUGCUUUUGGAAAACUCCACAAAAGAGCUUGGCGAAAUAAACACAUGAAGAAAAGUACAAAGAUCAGUGUUUACA